AUGGCCAAGGUCCUAGCCCAGGAGAAACAAGCCGCGGCCAAGCGCGAAGCCGAUCUGCAGGACCUCCGCGACAAGCGGCGCGCACUCAACUCCACCGCCGCUGUCGUGGGCAGCGCUGCGCCAGCAACGAAAAAGGAGACGCCGGCGAGCAGGCGACUGAGCAUGCUGGAGCGGUUGGACAGCGAGAAGGAGGCGCGGGAGCAUGAGGAGCGCAAGCGGGAGGAGCUGGAGCGGGAGGAGCGGCAGAAGGCUCGCGAGGAGCGGCUGGAGAAGGCCGCGCGGGCGGCCAAGGAGGCCGGGGAGCGGGAGCGGGAGGCCAGGGCCAGGGCAAAGGCCGCGCAGGAGAAGACCGAGAAGAGGGCCAAGGACACGGACGAGCGGGUGGGGCACGAGAAGCGAGAGGCGAAGGAGAAGAACGAGAGAGCGAAAGCGAAAGAAGAAGAAGAGAAGAUGGAGCGAGAGGCGAAAGAGAAAGAGAAGGCGGGAGAAACAGUUAAGCGAGACGAGAGGGCGAACGGACGAGAAGAGCGAAACGACAACCACAUGAAGGAGAAGGAGGAGAAGGAGAAGGAGAAGUCGGCGAGGAAGGCGUCUGUACAUAAGGAGACGGCGCGGGAGCGAGAGAGAGCGAGGAAGCAGGAGGCCAAGGAGCAGGCCAAGCGUGAGCGAGAGGCGAGGAAGCAGGCCAGGCGGCAGCUGCAAAAGAAGAAGAAACAGCCGGCAGCGGCGACGAAGAAAGACGAAACCAAGGUCCUCGAGGCCAAGAAGGCGGCUGUGGUGGCCGCGGCCGCCAACGAGGAUGAGGUGGACGAGAGCCUGACUUCGUCGGCGGUGCACGGCGGCACCAUGAUGCUCGCUGCCCCCAUCAUGGGCCGCGACAGCCAGCAGCCGCCCGCCAGCCGUGGCGGGCUCACGCCGCUUCCCUUGGCGUCGACCUUGUCUCCGUCGCCGUCGUCGACGACAUCGACGCCGUCGGCCUUCAAGACUUACUCGCGUCCCACCAACCCCCCGCCCUUCACCCUGAUCCUGCCCCGGGUCAACCUGCCCCAGCCGCCACUGCCGCCGGUGGCGACCACGACGGUGCAGCAGCCGCCGGUCGUCAUUGUACCCGACUCGAAGCCCGUGCCCUCGGCCAGCUACAGCAUGGUGCCCAUCGACGCACCUCUGGCCGACGGCACCAAGCACAAGGCCGACGACGCCAUAGAGUUGCCACCAUCGGCCACGGCCAUAGCGACGGUUGUUCCCAAACGGCGAGGCCGGCCGAAGAAAGGCAGGGCUGAGCCCGCGGCAGAGCCGCCGGUGAAGCGAAAGAGCGGAGAAGCUCGCCGGGGCGAGAGCCACGAAGAGGCGCCGGGCCGACAGCCAUGGACUGCAGUCGGCCAGCGACGACAGUCGAUCGGCCACGCCGGUGACGAUCGCUACACCCGCGAGCACGCCACCGCACUCAUGGCCACUGUCGCCUGCCACGUCAUCGUCGGCAGCGUCAUCGUUGUCGACAAAAUCGAAGCCUCGAGUGGCCAGGGCGUCGGGCGGGCAGACGUGGUGGCUUUGGCGGACGACGAGAAAGAGAAAGAGGGAAAGAACGAAAAGGAGCCCAAGAAGAGACGGAAGAAGGAAUCAGGGGACGAGCAGAAGAAGAAGCGGAAGCGAAAGAGAGAGACGAAGCGGGAGACUUACGAUAAAGAGGAGGAGGAGGAGGGACUCGAAGGCGAUGAUGACGAGGGAAUUACGACGAAUGAGAAGCGCGAGGGAGCGCAAACCUCUGGACGCCGGAAUCGGACGAACCUGAAGGCGCUCCACAAGAGACGGCGAUUGACGCCGGUAAGCAUGGCUGAGUCCGCCGAAGGCGACAAGCCCACCCUGCGCAGUCGGACUGCCGCCAUCCAGGCCAAGGCCGCCUUCGCCGGCGUAGGCAGCGGUGGUGCACAUCCGGAAGACAAAGGAGGGGGCAAGGAGGGGUUGCCUCAGCUCGAAAAGAUGCUCGACGGCUUCACGACGCUGCUUGAUUCUGCGGCAGAGAUGGCGCAAGGAGCGACUGCUCGCAAGUCACCGUCGCCAUCGCCAUCGCCGGCGCAACUGGUGCUGCCGCCCCUGCCGCGGCCCAGCAUCCCGAUGGGGGGCCUCGAGGAGGGCUACCAGGGCUUCCUGGCCACGUGCACCAACUACUUCGACGCCAAGCAGCAGCGCGAGGCCCUCGCCUCGCCCCUGCCGCCGCCUUUACAGUCGCCCCAUCAGGCCGGUCCGCUCUCCCCGAUGGCGAAAACUGUGCCGCCGAGCGAGCCGACAGUGGCAACCGUCGUCACGAUCCAUGACGCGCCGGCUCCCAUCUUACUCAUGUCUCCUGCAGCGGACGACCCGCAGUCGGCGACUACCGACCUGCCGACGAUCACCGACGAGCGCACGACCGAGACACAGCGGGAGCCGCAGUUCUUCCACGGCAGGGAGGGCGAAGAAGGCAGCCCGUCGGAGCUCGGCAUGCAGCUGGGCGCCAACCUGAGCAGCAGCGACUCCGGUGGCGUCCGAAGUCACCUGGUGUCGCCCUUCAGCGACAUACUACGGGAGUUCAACAUCGACGCCAGCGACGUGCAUUCGGGCGGCGGCGCCUACAAGCAGCAGCCUCACCAGAGCCAUCCCUACGUUCACCACCACCAUGCCAACUAUUUUGGCCUGCCUACGUCGCCGCUCGACAUGUUCAUGGUGCACCCCCACGAGCAGGACCCCUUCGGCGAGCUCUCGGGCGGAGGCUACGCCCCCUUUCUCAGUUUUCCAGCCGACGACGUCUCGCCCUACUACUCUCCCUCCCCGCUGCCACACGAGUCCGGUGAGAAGACUCCGGGUCUGGGUGCGGCCGGCGACGAUAUGGGCUCCAAGUCGGGCGAUGGCUCCAACCUGCCUGUGCUGGUGACGAACCUGGACACUGUGGACGUGGUGCUGGCGUCCGGCAAGACCUACUCCCACAACAUAGGCGACUCCCGUCGGGUGCCAACGCCGACGCCGACAUUUGACGCCCAAUCCCUCAACGCCAGGCUCAUGCCGACGUCGGCGGCAGCGCCCACGCGGUCGCCGUUCGUGUCGUACAGCGGACAGCGCCUCCCGACAGCGACGCCCCCGUUUCGCGCGACCCCGCCCAGUGGCGCCCAGAGCAGUCCCCACGAUGGUACCAACUGCCUGCAGACUCAAUUGGGCUCGACCGACGCAGCGAGCCCGCACCCCAGCGGUUCGUCGGGCCAGAAUGCGGAGAGUGACGGCGGCGAGCACCGCAUUCGAUUCUACGUACAGCUUCGCAAGGGCAACGAGACAGUGCCCAUUCGGGUGAACAAGGGCUUGACCUUCAGCGGCCUCAAGAAGCUCGGCAUGGAGCACUGGGGCGUGAAGGCCAUGUCCCCCAAGCUGUUUCGAGUGUAUGACCGCCAUGGAGCUUUCACCGUCGGCAGGGACCUCGUAGUAAACGAGGCGGUCAGCAACGAAUGCUUCACUUUGGUACAGCUGAGCCACGACAGCACCAGCGGUGACAGCAUCGGAGACGACAGCACCGCUCCGAGGCAGUGA